AUGACGGGCCAUACCGUUCCCGGGCUUUUCCAUAUAAGAGGGUUUUUAGUGACGCGCCACUGCAGUGCCGCUUCCACCUUGACGGAACCAACGCCGCUCGCAAUGUGGAGAAAGGCAUUACUUUCAUUCGUAUGCUGUCUAGCAUUUAGAGAAGCAUUGGGUGAUACAAAUGAAUCAAGGGCCAGUUCGGUGAUAAAAGGUGAAGAAAAUAUUUCCCGUCUGUACAGCAAUGUUCCCGACGGUGUGUAUGCCAGUAGUUCACCGUAUACAGCGUAUUCAUUCCACGUUCCGACAGUCAUAACAGCACCGAGGAACAUGCGCGUUAUUCCAGUUAAUGAAGAAAGUGUUCCCAAACAUAAUACUUACAAUAUAAAUGGAUUCUUUAAGGAUUCUUACGGAAAUAGAUUUGUGAAUUCGCCGCAGACAUUAGGAUUUAAGGCAACUUUCCCCCAACAAUAUUUACAGAUUCAAGAAUUACCGGCGCAUCUAUCACAGCCGUUAGUAUCUCCGCCGACUUAUCAGCUUAAGCAAGUUACACCGCACUUCUUUUCUCCUACUCAAUUUCGGGACUUCUCACCGUUCGCAAGAUAUGCUGUAUCACAUCCAGUUGUACAGAACGCGAAUAUAAGAACCUUUGGAACUUCUCCAGUUUCGCAACCAAACUUUAUUUCGCAUAACAAUUUUAAUGUGCAUCCAGUUGCACAGCAACAAUCUACUAGCUAUAAACCUAUAUUUUCGAAUACACAAGCUUAUGAACAGUUUAAUAAAUUAAAAAACGAACCAAAGUUUCAACGUUUACAAGGGAAUUUGCAGCAAAAUGUGAAACUACAAAAUGUACACGUUGAUUAUGAAAAGAAAAAUAACCAUCCUCAUUUACAUUUUCAAAAAGAAGGAUUGCAAGUAGCUCCAGCAAGAGAAACUAAAAUUACAACUUAUACUCAUGAUGGUGAUAAGGCUAUAGUAAAUUUAGAAACAAAACCGCCUUUGCAUCUAUUAGAUAUUAGUUUGCUUGAACCGUUGACAUUUGACAAUCCACUUGUACCUCAAGUUCAGCAUUUUUUGCCAAGGAUAAAUGAAGCUACUUAUCACAAAUUGCCCGAUUAUAACACAGAUGUAAACAGUGAAAAACAACAUAAACCCGAAGAGGAGAAAACAAAAACUUACGAUGAUGGUAGCGUCAAAAGAAAUCCCAAAGCAAAGAAUAAGUCACCAAAAAAGAAACAGAAGGGGCCGUCAAAACAAAAUGAAAAUGAUAAAAACAAACUUACAACGCCAUCUAUCGCAAUUAAGGGGACCCGUUAUGUAAGUCCAGAGUACUCAUAUGAAAUAAAUUCGCCCAAUUACAAAGAGACGUAUAAAGAACAAAUAGUGAGAUACAAUAAAGAAACCAAAUCAGACCCCGUUCACUACAACUAUAACAAGGAGGCACAAUCAGAGCCCAUCCAUUACAGCUAUAAAAAAGAAACACAGUCUGAACCCAUACAUUAUACUUAUGAGAAGCAAGUUCAAAAGAAACCAGUGCAAUAUAGUAACGUGCAUUAUUCAAAACAACCGCAACAAGAGAAAAAGAUUUACUACGAAAAUGUAGAACAUUGCCCAAAACAAGUUUAUACAUUUAAAAGUGAUAAUAACAACGAUGAACAAAAUAAUUAUGGUUCACCGCAUGUAAAUGGAGAAUCAUCAUCUGAAGAUACAUCGGAAAAUUAUAGUUCAGCACAACGGCCCUCAUUAAAAAUCCAUGAUAUUGGACAUGAACAAUAUGCAGAUGCUCCGCAAUCUUCUCGUGAUCUUGUACCCGAACACAGAGAAGCCGAAUUUGCUCAUAUAAUUAAAGAUCAGGCUAACCGUGAUCACUUUCAACCUACACAUAAACCCAAUGAGCACAUACGAGUAAACCCAAAUCAGCACAUUCAACGACUGUAUCCAGCGCGCAAUCAGAAUGCGCAGAAAAAUAAUUAUUCACCAAAUCAACAUAUCCAUGAAAAGUCCAAACGUGUUAUAAUCAGGGAUGAAACUCCUGAAGGUAUCCACUCUCAUAAUGAAAAGCAAUCUACAGAAACGGUCGAUCAAGAGGAGAAUAAUGAAGAAAAUUUUGAAAAAGCUUACAAGAACGCAGCCUUCGGAUUCCCUGCAUACGAAUCAAAUUCAGAAGAUAUUGAAAGAGAUAUUUACAAUCCCGAAACAUAUGGCGUCCCUCGUGACAGCUCUAAUUUUGAUAUUGAACAUUCUCCUUUUCAACAAUAUUAUGAGGAAGGUGACAAAUUUCCAAAAUAUACUCAUUCUAAUUACAAAGAUGUCAGAGAUAAAACUAAAGAAGAUUAUUAUUUAGAUUUUUCUAUUAAUAAGCCCGAAAGUAUGAUAGAUAUGUACAAGGACAAAGUGGGGUAUUACAAAAUGUAUAGGAAUCAUAGACCUGACAAAUAUUUUGGUUUUGACCAAGACGAAGAUAAGGGAAGUGAAAACCAAAGUGCUAAGUACUCUAUUGCUCCUACUUUUCUGUUUAAUCGUGCACCUGAACGGAAACAAAAACAAGAGUUUGCAAAGAUACAAACAUCACCAUACAUUUACGAAUAUGAUUAUACGAAAGAAGCUCCUAGUGACAAUACAGCCUACGGGAGCCAACCGCAUCAAAGAUUUAAAACGAAGACUCAGUUUGUUGAACCUCAAUUCCAAUAUGGUUUUGAGCCAUCGUCGCUUCCUAUUUUACUUGACAGUGAAUUAGCAACAAUGGCUAGUAAUAUCAGUCCCGAAAACGAAAAGCCCGAAACGAGAAAAAAAGUUUAUAAGGAGAAUUGGUAUAUCAAAAAGACGAGUACAUCAGGAGGGAGCCCAGCUAGCUGA